ACCAGCGACAGGCAGCGGCGCAUAAACCCUGCCCCAAAACCCUAGCCGCCGUUCCUAUCAAAGCGCACGAGCUCACAGGUCGACGGCGGCGGCGGCAGCGAGGAGGACGAAACUGCAGUCGUGCGAUGGGUAGCGACACAGAGGCCGAGCAAAAGAGGGCGCCGGUGGCCCUGGCACCCAUCGCGAAGCCGCUCGCCGGCAAGAAGCUCUGCAAGCGAACCCUCAAGCUCGUCCGCCGAGCCUCUGAGGCCAAAUGCUUGAAGCGAGGAGUCAAGGAGGUCGUUAAGAGUAUUCGGCGGGGAAACAAGGGACUGUGUGUGAUUGCUGGCAACAUUUCUCCAAUCGAUGUAAUAACUCAUGUUCCGAUACUCUGUGAAGAAGCCAAUAUUCCUUAUGUAUAUGUUCCUUCAAAAGAGGAUCUUGCAACUGCUGGCACCACCAAAAGGCCUACCUGUUGCGUGCUGGUGCUGACGAAGCCAGCCAAGGGGGAGCUCGAGGGCGAGGUCAUGGAGAAACUCAAGACGGACUACGACCAGGUCAUGUCUGAAGUCGCUGAGGUCACGUCGGCGAUGUUCUAAGCACCCACGGGGCGAACAGAAGCGCCGAGCCCAUGUUUUUCAUCAUCACGAACAUGGCCCUGUCUGUACAAUGCCACUGUGACCCCUCAGCUAGAUUAUCACUCGCCGUACUGGACAAACAAACCGAUCUACGUAAUCGAGUUUUUUUUUUGGCUAUGAAAUUGAUUAGUGAAACAUUCUGUUGGAAAUUGCCAGCUCUUAGCAAGCUUGCAGCAUCUGUUUACCUUUGUUGUUUUAUUAGUGCGAUAUUCCACUGCAAA